AUGAUGCAGACUCUUCAGCAGCAGCCGAUGUACUUAAGAAUAAUGGGCAUUGACUCGGAGUGGUUUCGCAGCUCACCAGUGGCGGUCGUUCAGUUUGCAACAUCCAGCCACUGCUUCGUGCUUCACAUCAGCUUUUUCGAUGAUCGCGCCUUGCCCGCUGCUGUGAAGGAGGCACUCUGCGAUCCGGCCAUCAUAAAGUGUGGCGUUGGCAUCAAUGGCGAUGUCUCGCGCCUUCGAAAGGAGCAGGACAUCACAAUUCAAAGUGUGCUUGACGUGGCUCACUACAGCGCCUUUUUUGGCCUUCAUCACGGUGCACGGUCAAAUCUUAAAGCGCUUGCGGAAAGCGUUGCAAACCUAUCUAUAGUGAAGGAUAACAAAAUUACACGUAGCAAUUGGGAGUUACCGCUUCCGGACAGUAGCGUGAACUACGCGGCGGAAGACGCACUGGCGUCCUAUUUGAUCGGGCAGAACGUGAUGUUAAAAGCAUCAGAGGUGUACUGCAUGAGUGCGAACACCUUUGACAUUCCUCAGUGGCUCAGACAUACCUCAUCAAUCGCAGCAAUGAAGCUAAGGAAACUGCAGCAGGAGCAAUGGAAGUUAGAUGUCGAAAAGAGGGAGAAGGAUAAACCCAUGCCUGAUAGCGAUGACCACGCUGCGCGGCAGGUGCAGGCAAGCAGUUGCGUCAAAGUGCGUGUGCUGGACAGAAAUGGAAACUUUCUCUUCGAGUGCUCGCGAAAAAGGGCCAAAUUCUAUGUGGCGGAGAAGAGUUUGGCGGUGAUCACCAAGAGCUUAGCGGGCGAUCCACGCAAGACCCUCGAGAUACAGUUUUUGUUCGAUCCGAAGGUGAAGACGCGGCGAUGCAUUUAUUAUGCCUUAGGGGACUGUGAGUUACAGGGCCAGUGCCCAUUUGCCCACGGCAUGAGCGAGCUGCAUCCAGAUGCGGCGGCGUUAGUGGAAUCAGAGAAGCCGAGCUGUGCCUGUUGCCUGGGAACUAAAGGGCUCCUGCGCCACGCUAUAACACCCACGUCGUUUCGAAAAUUUAUGCCAUUGCCUCAACGGCAGCCACUGGACGAUGAUUACCUGCCCGUGUGUAAGCAGUGUAACUCAGUGCUUCGCCCAUAUUAUGCCGAUGAGAUGAGGAGAUGCUACACGGAGGCCGAGGAGUCGAACAGUACAACGUUCAGGUACAAUGUGAUGACAAAGUGCUGCUCGUAUGCUCGUCUACUGUUGGACACCAACAAGCUCGCGAAGAUACCGGCUAACCGCUGCGAAGAACUCCGGCAAUAUGUAAAGCGAAACUGGAGGAGUACCUUCUUCGAAGAUUUCAAUCCUGAAUUUGAAAUGCGUACGCCCGUUGAGCAAGACGAGGCAUUUCUGAAGCGCCUUGGGAGAAUUGUCCCUGAUGACGUGAGAGCAAAGGUGACAAUGAACAUUCUUGUUGGUGACGACCAGGAAAAGGCGCAACAGUUCAACAAGCGAUGGCGUGACUACUGCUUUAGUAUGUGUUGUGUGAUUGAAAAAAAGAGCAACCGCAUGAGCUACGAUGACUGGCAGACCUACCGUGCUCAUAAUAGAGAGCCUUGA